CCCCACCCCGACCCCCCCCGGCUGGAGCGUGUCCGCCCCACGCGUGUCCCCGCCCCCCCGGGCCCUGCCCGCCCCCACCGCGCUGCGCUCCCGGCCCGGCCAUGGCCCCGCUGCCGGUGCAAAGGGGCGGGGGGGCAGGAGAGGGGCAGGGGGCUGGUUGUUAGCAGCAGAGGGUGUCAGCUGGAUCCCAGCCGCUGCAGCCCGCCCCGCCGAGCGGGGGAGCGGGGGCCGGUGACCUUCGAGGAGGUGGCUGUGUAUUUCACCAGGGAAGAGGGGGCUCUGCUGGACCCCACUCGCAGAGCCCUUUACAGAGACGUCAUGCAGGAGAACUACGAGAAGGUGACCUUGCUGGGGUUUCCAGUUUCCAAACCCUCUGUGAUCUCCCAGCUGGAAGGAGGGGAAGAGCCAUGGGUCCUGGAUCUCCAGGGUUCUGAGGAAAGCGAGAUCCUGAGAAGUCACUGGACAGGUGAAGAAACAUUAAACCAACCCAGAAACUCAGGUGAUGGGGUGGUGAGGGAGAGCGAGGAGCAGAAUCCUCACCAGGAAGAUGCUGAGCUUGCCGAAGUGCAUGAGGAAUUACUGCGAAGAUCCAAAGGGAGCGUGACCAGCCCCUGUGAUCAGGGAAAAGCUGAUGAAAGUUACCAGAGACAAGCGAGAGAGCAGGGAAACCACUCAGAGGAGAGAGUGGAUGAACCCAUUAAUUGUCAGGGAACUCCCAGGGACCUCAAGGAAACUACGUCCCAGGAGAAAAUCCUCAUGGAGAAGCGAGAGAUUAUGUGUAGUGAGUGUGGGAAAAACUUCAAUUACCAUUCAGGCCUUAUUCGACAUGAGAUAAUCCACACAAAAGAGAGACCCUACGAAUGCUGUGAGUGUGGGAAAAGCUUCAAUCGUACCUCUGCCCUUAGUAGGCAUCAGCAAAUACACAGAGGAGAGAAACCCUAUGAAUGCUGUGAGUGCGGGAAAAGUUUCACUCAGAGAUAUACCCUUAACUCUCAUCAGAGAAUCCACACGGGAGAGAAACCCUACAAAUGCUGCAAGUGCGGGCUAAGCUUCACUCAGAGAUCAGCCCUUAUCUCUCAUCAGACAAUGCACACGGGAGAGCGACCCUACGAAUGCUGCGAGUGUGGGAAAAGCUUCUCUCGGCGCUCAAACCUUACUAUACAUCAGCGGAUCCACACAGGAGAGAGACCUUAUGAAUGCCGUGAGUGCGGGAAACGUUUCACUCACUCCUCCUCCCUUACCUCUCAUCAGACAACGCACGCAGGAGAGCGACCCUAUGAAUGUUGUGAGUGCGGGAAAAGCUUCUCUCGGAGCUCAAACCUUACUAUGCAUCAGAGGAUCCACACAGGAGAGACACCCUAUGAAUGCAGUGAGUGCGGGAAACGUUUCACUCACCUCUCCUCCCUUAUCUCUCACCAGAGAGUCCACACGGGAGAGAGACCCUAUGAAUGCAGUGAGUGCGGGAAAAGCUUCUCUCGGAGCUCAACCCUUAUUACACAUUACAGAAUCCACACCGGGCAGAGACCCUAUGAAUGCUGCGAGUGUGGGAAAAGCUUCGCUCAUAGUUCAGGCCUUUCUAAACAUCAGAGAAUCCGUAAAGGAGAUAAACUUCAUAAAAACCUUCUUUAGAGCUA